UCAUGUCUCAAUUCAUCCUUUUCUGUGUGCUAUUAUAUAUUAUGACAUUUGAGGUGAACCAUGCCAGUGGGAUCAUACGACAGAGGGCAAAUGCUUCUUUAUGCCCUUACAUUCUUCCCUCCCCAUCAUUUCUUGAAGAAGAUUUCGGGAAAAAAGCCGUGUUUACUGCAUUUGUGGAAUCAAAACAAGAACCUGCUGAAGAUGCUAUAUGGCAAAAAAUUCUAAAUAAUGGUCAUACAGCAGAUAUUGACAGAUCUGAUGUUAAAUAUGAUGAGACUGAAAAUUUUCCAUCUCCAAAACUGGUCAUUAAUAAACUUGACUUUAAUGACACUGGUUAUUAUCGGCUGCAAGUCAAGAUUUCUGAUGGCUGGUGUACAAGUCCUACUAAUGUUCGCUUACGGAAAGUUCGGGGAAUUCUACAAUAUAAUAGGAGAUGCAAUGAAUCUCGGGAAUGUGAUGAAAGGAAAUAUUUACUAUGCUUGCUAUCAAACAGCCAGAAAAAGUGUCUGUGCCGUAAUUAUUUUUAUCAUCGUAACCAAACGUGUUUUGAGAAAUCCAGUCUAUUAGCCACAAAUAUAUAUUCCAACAUAACAUCUUCUGAGAUCAACAUAGAGUGGGGAGAACCAAGUACUGACUCCGAUCUAAUACAGCAUUACGACAUUAGCAUCAUAGACAAUGGAGGUACCACCAUAAAGUCAGCAUCUGUUGGAAAACAUACGAGUUAUAGGUACAUCUCGUACUAUGUUCCUGGACAUAGGUACUACUUCAAAAUAACAUCCAAUGUGAAAGUGAGCGACCCUUCAGAAACCUUUACCGUUGAAAAACGACAGGCAUUAAUUGUAGAACCUCUUCCACCAGGCUCUGUGAUUAGGAACACUAGUAUCUUUCACCCUGAGAAACUACAUCUAGAAUGGACACCUCCGGAAAACAAUACUCGUGUUGAUAGAUACAUUAUCAAUAUAUAUAGUAAUGCACAAACCUAUGCCUUCGUUACAUAUACUAAUAAAGGGUCCUUGUCAAAUAGGUUGGAGCCUGGUAAAAAUUACACUGUAUCUAUCGUUGCCAGAAGUUAUGGGAAAAGUAGUAAGGCUUAUAAGGAAGUAAUCAAUACUCUACGUACUCCUUGGGUAAUAAUCACUUCAGGGCAUUGGGUCGAUGUUCCAUACCUCUCAAACAUGGAAAUAACAGCAACGGUCAAAAAUAUGUCUGAUUUUCCGCCUACUUUGGAAACGAAGUGGGAAACAAAUUUCAGCGGGUUCAACAUAACGCACAGUAGAUAUAACGGCAGUUCCCUUGACCUCUUCAACCCAAACCUGGUUAUCAACAGGGUGGAUUUUUAUCAUGAAGAAGGAGCUUGGUUUCGAUGCUCUGCACGAAAUUCGGAAGGUUGGGGAACAAGUGAAUAUACAUCAAAUGUUGACGUUCAUGGAAGUCUAAAAUUUUCUGAGCCAUGUAACUAUACAAGAGAAUGCCUUGAACAUAAAUAUUUGGAAUGUUCCAGCGGCAAAUGUCUGUGCAAUACAUAUACUUAUCAUAAGGGAAAAAAAUGCUACAGCAGUAGUGAUUUACAAGCACGAUCAAUCCAUAUUAUGAGCUCCACGUGUGACAUUACCAUUACAUGGGAGCAUCCUACAAGGGACCGAGAGCUGAUAACAGGAUACCAAGUCAUCACUUCUGAUACACAUAUUAUGAAUGGAAACCAAGCCAUUUCUUCAAAAACAGUUUCUGUCGGAAAUAUAACGGAAUAUACAACUCCAUGUAAAUUACAACCAGGAAAGCGACAUUCAAUCUACAUUCGUUCAAAGAUUCAUUUAAGCGAUCCACCAGACGAAAUUAUUGUAGAUUCAGAAAGAAAUUAUGUAAUCUUAGAUCCUGUCAAACCUGGGAAACUUGUGCAAAAUCUUUGUAAUCGUUCCGCUGACUACUUGUACUUACGAUGGGAAAAAUCCGGAAAGAAUUCCUUCGUAAACCGCUACAGAGUGACAAUUGAUGGUCGUACUCAGAUAACAACGGGAUAUGAACCAGAAAUUUACUGGGAGGUCCUGCUGCUGCCUAAUACUCAGUACAACGUAACCAUUACAGCAAUAAGUUACGGAUUUAUCACCAAUUAUCCGUCUUACGGAUCAAGAGAAAGCCUUCCAUUAAGCUUUGAAAUUGAAACGACAAGUAAAGGUACUUGA